UUUCCAACACACCCUCUUCUCCCCGGUUUUCAGUUCAUGUCAGGAUGGAAGCAAUCAUGUUGCUCUUCACACAUCCUCUAUUCUUCGUCUUCCUCUCAAUGAUUCUCUAUUUCCUGGUGCAAGUAAGUUCUGGUAAAUUCCGGCCACAAAUCUACGAGUUUUCCGGCCCUCCAAGCCAUCCUCUCAUUGGUUGCUUUGUCUCAUUUUACCAAAACCGCUCCAGGCUACUGGACUGGUACACCGAACUCCUUGCGGACUCGGCCACCAGCACCAUCGUAGUGAGCCGGCUUGGUGCACGACGGACCAUAGUCACAGCCAACCCGGAAAACGUCGAGUAUAUCCUGAAAACCAACUUCAACAAUUUCCCAAAAGGGAAACCCUUCACUGAAAUACUUGGAGACUUUCUUGGAUGUGGGAUAUUCAAUGUGGACGGCGAGCUUUGGCGCACGCAGCGGAAAUUAGCCAGUCACGAGUUCAGUACCAAAUCUUUGCGUGAGCACUUCAUGAAUAGCUUGGAAGAAGAAGUUGAAAAGGGUUUAUUGCCAUUGAUGGAGUCACUGGCAAUGAAAGGAGAAGUUGUAGACUUGCAGGAGUUGCUGAGGAGAUUCGCGUUCAAUGUGAUUUGCAAGGUGUUUUUGGGGGUUGAGAGGUGCUCUCUGGAUCCCUCUUCGCCCCUUCCACCACUCACACGGGCUUUCGACACGGCGUCGCAGAUCUCUGCAAUGCGUGGGGCUGCGCCUGUGUUCAUAAUCUGGAAGAUUAAGAGAUGGCUUGGGAUUGGUUCGGAGCAGAAGCUUAAAGUCGCGGUGAAAGAAGUACAUGCCUAUGUAAUGGACAUAAUAGAGACGAGGAAGCAGAAACUUGAUCACCAUAAGAGUUCAGGGAGUAUUCUGGAUCAAGAUCAAGAUCUUCUAACUCGGUUGAUUAUGGCGGGACAGGAAGACGAGGUGACAAGGGACAUGGUAAUAAGCUUUAUAAUGGCGGGGAGGGACACAACUUCAGCAGCCAUGACGUGGCUCUUCUGGUUGCUUUCCCGCCAUCAAAAUGUAGAGGAAGAUUUGGUGAAAGAGAUUGAAGACAAUCAAACAACGAUGGAUUUUGAGUCAUUCGAUUUCAGAUUGUUAAAGGCAUGUCUUUUUGAGUCCAUGAGGCUCUUUCCACCAGUGGCUUGGGACUCGAAACAUGCCAAAGUCGAUGACUUGUUGCCUGAUGGAACUCAUGUCCGGGUCGGAGAUAGAGUGACCUAUUUUCCCUACGGGAUGGGAAGAAUGGAGUCGCUGUGGGGAAAGGACCGGCUAGAAUUCAAGCCGGACCGGUGGUUUCUCGAGCCGGACAAGGAGGCGAGAUCAGAGCUGAAAAAGGUAUGCCCAUACAAGUUGCCAGUUUUUCAAGCAGGUCCAAGGGUUUGUCUUGGGAAGGAGAUGGCUUUUGCUCAGAUGAAGUAUGUGCUGGCUUCCGUUCUCAAACGGUUCAAGAUCAGACCGGUGGAUUCCGACGAGCCGGUUUUCGUGCCCCGCCUGACGGCCCACAUGGCCGGCGGGCUGAAUGUCCUGGUCCGCAAGAGAGGCACUGACUGAGUCACUGGGAUGGGAACUGGCAUGGAAAUUGAUUAAACUAAUUAGU